AUGGCAAGUCUUACUCGAAAUAAGCGACGAACAAAAUUAGUUACACCAUCUAAUUCAUCAUUUUCAAAUUGUGUACAAGAUCAUUUAUUUAUUCAACCAUUACGAGGACCACUUGAAACAUUUAAACCCGUUGUUUAUUUGGACGAGCAAGGUCGUAAACAUGGUCGUGUUAAUGAUCAUUUAUUACAACGACAAAUUGAAAAUGAUCGACAAAAAUUAAAAAAAAAAAUUCUACCAAAAGUACCUGUAUCAUCAAAUUUAUACGGUAUACGAAAUCCAAAUAUAGCUGCUUUAAUAAGAGGUGUUCCUGUUGAUAAUGAUAAAGAAGAAGAAGAAGAUGACGAAGAUAAAAUACGAGCUGAUGAUGAAGUUAAAUUUAUUGAAUAUAAAAAAAUUUCCAAACCAGCAACAUCAAAAUCAAAUAAUAGACAAAUAUCAUCAAUUAGUGGAAAACAAUCAGUUAAAUUUGAUACAACACCAUCAGUUAAUAUGGCACGACUUGUUGAAAGUCAUUUAACUGAAUUAGAUGAUAUUGAUAAUGUUGAUGGAAAUGAUAGUGAAAGCGAAGGUGAUGAAGAAGAUCUCGAAUCAAUAAAACCUGUGAGUGAUCUUGAUUCAAAUUAUCGUGGUCAAACUGAUAAAUCAGCAUGUGGUCUCUCCGGAACACUUUCAACAUCUAAAGACAAUGAUGAUAUUAGAAUAACUAAUUCAUCACUCGAUUAUAAUCGACAAUCACAAGAAAUGUAUAUGCCACCAAGUGUUGAAGAUAUCAAUGAUGAAGAAGAACAAAAAGAAAAUGAAAAAGAUGAAUCAGGUAAUGAAUUAUUAUCAUCUGAAAUUGUUCAACGACAAAAACGAUCACCAACUCCAAGUGAGAAAACAGAAGAGCGUAAAAAAUCAUCAUCAUCAUCAUCACGUCCAAAAACUGCUCUUUCAACACAAUCUCAUACUGAUGAUAAAUAUACUAACGAUAAUGAAGAACCAAAAUCAUCUCGUUCUUCUUCUUCUUCUUCAUCAACAUCCUCUGAUGAUACAUCAGCUUUAUUACGUAGUGAUAAUGAUAAGUCACCAACUUCAUCCGAGGAUGAGUUAAAUAAUGAACGAGAAGAAGCACAGAUUGACAUAUCAGUCAAAUUCGAGCGUGCUAGUACGAAUGCAACUGAUACAAUGAAAACCAUCGAUGAAGAAAAUGUAUCAACGCCAACCAUCGAUAAAUUACAACAACGAGAUGCUAAAGGUGAAUAUGAUACAAGUCAAGUUAUUCAACUUAAAGAAUCAUUUCAACCAAUUAUAAAUGAAGCAGCUUCAUAUGGACAUCUUGAUAUAGUUCGAAAAUUAAUUGAGGUUUGUGGUCAAAGUGUACACACACAAAAUAUGUUACAACGUACACCAUUACAUGAAGCAUGUGUUAGUGGUAAUGGACAACUUGUAUCUGAACUUCUUGAUAGUGGAGCAUUAAUUGAUCAAAAAGAUUCUCAAGGCAUGACGCCUUUACAUGUUGCUGCUAGUCAUGGCACGAUUAAAUGUAUUCGAGUACUUUGUGAAAAAGGUUGUGAAAUAAAUGCACAAGAUAAUCUUGGUCAAACAGCUGCACAUUAUAGUGCAAUGCAUAAUCAUGUUGAUAGUUUAAAGUAUCUUGUUAAUGUAAACCAUAUUGAUUUAUUUAUAAGUAAUAAUGAAUCAAAAUUACCUAUUCAUUAUGCUGCUAAACAUGGUUCUCAUAAUGUUUUAAAUUUUUUCUUUCAAUCGAAUUUAACCAUAUAUGAAACAGAUAUACAUGGAAAUACAAUUGCACAUGAAGCAAGUGAAUAUAAUCAAAUUGAUUCAAUUAAAUUAAUAUGGAAAAUGAAUCAAAAUUUAUUUAAAAAGAAAAAUCAUUUUGGACGAACACCUAUUCAUACGGUUAGAUAA